AUGUAUGGUGUGUCAUGUUUCCUGCAGAGGGCAGUUAUCACACUCGUGUCUCCAGAUGUCCUGUAUCUGUUCAGAGUGCAAGCUGUAUGUCAGAGAGACCAGCGCAGUGACUUCAGCCAAACACUUUUAUUCAAAGCAAACACCACAAGGAUAUUCGAGGGCACAAGGAUUGUGAAAACUGGAAUGCCCACGGUUUCCCCCGCCUCUUCUGCAGACAUGGCCCCUAUAAGCUCAGGCUCCUCAACCUGGACAUCCGCCGGCCUCCCCUUUUCCUUCGUCUCAAUGGCUACGGGAAUGGGGCCUCCAUCCAGUGGUGGACAAGCCACUGUAGCAUCUGUGGUGACCAGCACUCUGUUGGCAGGACUGGGUUUCAGUGGCAGUGUGAUUUCUUCCCUCCCAGGAUCCUUUUGGCCAACCCACUCUACAAACUCAGGCCCCACGCCCACUCAACAUCCAGCCACUCCCACAGCCGAAAACACCCCAUCUGACAGCAACAUCCUGACCUCUGAGGACAGCACUGAAGCUAAUAACAAACAGGAAGAAGACCGUGAAAGAGAGGAGAAAGAGGAAGAAGAAGAAGAGGAGGAGGAAGAAGAGCAGGGAGAAGAGGAGAAGAAGAAAAAAAAGGGGAAAGAUGUGACAGUCAAGGACAAAAAGCAGGACAAAGCAGUGCCCCAAAAACCAACUGCCCCAGUUCCAACUUCAAAACACAGGGAAAGGGGUCGAGAGAGGGCUGAUGUUAACACUGAGAACUCCUCAUUGGCCCCUCAAACAGUGGAAAAGCAGGUGCCUUGUGCCACAGAGAGGCCUUCUGGUGAGGAUUCAUCAAAACCAACAUGGCUGGUAGAGAAUGACACUGUAGACAUGCAGCUUCCCUCCAGCUCGACAGAGACCACCGAACUCACCAAUGAAGAGAAGGCGCACUGGCCAUACUUCAUUCACACUGAGAGGAACAGCAUCUCCACAGUCACCCGAGACCCGCUGUCAGCAUCCAGACGGAUGGAGUGGAUCAUCCCCCUGAUGGUGGUCUCUGCCCUCACGCUGCUCUGUCUGAUCAUGCUGCUGGCUGUCCUGGUCUACUGGAGGAGAUUCUUCCAGACCGCACAUGUGUAUAUUGAAGACAGGAACUCUCCCAGAGUGAUCCGCAAUGACAGUUUCCCCAUCCUGUCUACAGCGGAUGACCUGGAGGCUGUGCCAGUCAGGCAGUUUAUCAAACACAUCAUGGAGCUCUACUCCAACAACCAACAUGGCUUUUCUCAGGAGUUCGAUGAGGUUCAACACUGCACAUCUGAAAUGAAGAUUACAGCAGAACAUUCAAAUCACCCAGACAACAAGCACAAAAACAGAUACAUCAACAUUGUUGCUUAUGAUCACAGCAGAGUGAAGUUGCAGCAACUGUCUGGGAAAGACUCCAAGCACAGUGAUUACAUCAAUGCCAACUAUGUAGACGGUUAUAAAAGACCCAGGGCUUAUAUAGCCGCUCAGGGCCCUCUCAAGUCCACGUUUGAGGACUUUUGGAGAAUGAUUUGGGAACAGAACACCACUGUGAUUGUCAUGAUCACCAACUUGGUGGAGAAAGGCAGGAGGAAGUGUGAUCAGUAUUGGCCAUCAGAGAACAGUGAGGUUUAUGGGAACAUAAUGGUAACUCUGAAGAGCACUAAAGUUUACGCUUACUACACACUCCGCCAUUUCAUCACACGCAACACCAAACUGAAAAAGGGUCAGAAGGGAAGGCAUAAUGAACGGCUGGUUGUCCAGUACCAUUACACGCAGUGGCCAGACAUGGGCGUACCUGAGUAUACACUACCAGUCCUCAAAUUCAUCUCUCGCUCUUCAGCGGCACGCACGCCGGGCACAGGCCCCGUUCUAGUUCACUGCAGUGCUGGAGUGGGCAGAACAGGCACAUACAUAGUCAUAGACAGCAUGCUGCAGCAGAUAAAGAACAAAGGCACUGUCAACGUCCUGGGAUACCUCAAACACAUCCGAGCUCAGCGUAACUACUUGGUCCAGACCGAGGAGCAGUUUAUUUUUAUCCAUGAUGCAUUAAUGGAAGCUGUGCUUAGCAAAGACACCGAGGUGCCUGCCUGGCAACUCCAUAGUUAUGUCAACAGCAUUCUCACCCCCAGCCCCACGGGACAAACACGAAUGGACAAACAGUAUAAGUUGUUGACGCAAUGCAAUUCUCACCUCACUGAGUGUUUCAGUGCCCAGAAAGACUGCAACAAAGAGAAGAACCGCACCUCGUCAGUCUUGCCAAUGGAACGGGCUCGGGUGGCACUAGCUCCCCUCCCAGGAGUAAAAGGAACAGACUACAUCAAUGCCUCCUACAUUAUGGGCUAUUACAGGAGCAACGAGUUCAUCAUUACCCAGCAUCCUCUGCCCCACACAACCACAGACUUCUGGAGGAUGAUCUGGGAUCAUAAUGCUCAAGUUAUUGUGAUGUUGCCAGACAACCUCGGCCUCACUGAGGAUGAAUUUGUGUACUGGCCCAGCAGAGAGGAGCCCAUGAACUGCGUGGCCUUCACUGUCACCCUCAUUAACACUGACAGACUCUGUUUGUCUAAUGAGGAACAGCUCGUCAUCCACGACUUCAUCCUGGAAGCCACACAGGACGACUAUGUUCUAGAAGUCCGACAUUUCCAGUGUCCAAACUGGCCAGAUCCUGAUGCGUCCAUCAGCAGCACAUUUGAACUUAUCAACAUCAUCAAAGAAGAGGCCAUGACAAGGGAUGGUCCCACCAUCGUGCAUGAUGAGUUUGGAGCUGUCUCAUCCGGGAUGUUCUGUGCUUUGACCACACUUUCCCAACAAUUGGAGAACGAGAGUGCUGUGGAUGUCUAUCAAGUGGCCAAAAUGAUUAACCUCAUGAGGCCUGGCGUCUUCACUGAAAUUGAGCACUAUCACUACCUUUACAAGGCUAUGCUCAGCCUUGUCUGCAGUAAAGACUUCAGACUUGGCUUUAACUACAUGGACAAAAUUGCUGGGAUAGUGGAAACAGAUGAAUCCAACCAGGCUGAGAGCAUGGAGUCCUUGGUGUGACGUUUCCGGAAAAUGAGAUGGAACAAAGUGGUUCCUUGAACUUUCCAUGAGGCCUUUUUUCCCCAGACAAAAAAAAAAAACGAGCUUUUAUAUACUGAUAAAAAAUAAAUUCUUUUGAUAUUUAUUUUUGCUGCUUUUUGUUAUCCUGCUGAGCGCCACAACCUUCUCUCCAAAACACACACAGACACACACGCACACACACACACAGUCUACUUUGCACUACACUGUCAGUGUUACUACUUGAUGCCUAGCUGGUUAUUGAUAAUUGUGUUGAAAACGUUUCUGAGUAUCACUUUAUUCAUGCCGAAAAAGUCUACAGACUUGUGAGGGUGAUCAGCGACAGCACAUUAACACACACAUCAGCCUCAUACCCAUGAAAACUGUACACAGAAAAACUCCCAACUUAAUGCUCAUAAUGAUGCGACUUUUAACCGUCAAGCAUUGUGACUUGUUAGAUUAAUGUUCUUUUUUUAUUUAUUAAGAUAAUGCCAUUUUAUGUCUAACUUAUAUACAUUAUUUCAGUGUGGUAUCAUAACAGCAACUGUGAACAUAUAUUGUUAUCAGUAGCAUUUCUAUUGUUUUGUAAU